AUGAAGGUUAUAGCACUGCUGUGGACGGUGUGUCUGGUAAGACUCUGCCAUGGUAAGAGUGGCCAUAAAAAUUACCGUGGUAACGAUAAUGAACAUUCUGGCGACUCUAAGAAAUCUCAGAGUAUUCCAGCAAGUCCACGGGGGUCUGGAAAUGCUGUAGCUGAAGGGUCAGGGACUGCAGAGGGGUCUAGUGGUAAGAAAGCAAAUGUUAAUGCUAAAGGCUCCGAAGAUGAUAAGAAGCCACCAACUCAACCUAAUGCUCCAGUAAAGAUAGAUGGACCGACUCCUCAGAAGCAACCACAGGCGAAUGCACAGUCGGCUGGACAAGGUGAUACCACUCUCGAUAUCUCUGAUCCAGAUGAGUCAAAAGUAGAUGUAGGGGAGGAAACUAGCAGAGGAAUAAGGUGGAAAGUCUUUAAGCCGAAGGAUGGUGUAACAAUUACCUCGUUCACAGAAGGAGGAGCGGAAAUAGGAAAGAUAAGCAGUGCGGUUAAACUUCUAAGAAUCCCACUGCAUUCACAAACCCCCAUCAUAUAUAUAGCACAUGGAGGCGCUACACCCGAAAAGUGCUAUGAAAAGGUUGAUGGAAAAUGGAAGGAAAUUGGUCUUAAUGAUUUCUACAUGAGAACGAAUGAAAUCAAGAACGCAGUAAAACCAAAUGAAGAAGCAGUAAAUGCAGAAGGUACUCCCAAGAAUUUAAAGCACUCACAAAACCAUAAAGACUGGUUCAACCAAACAUAA